AUGUAUUCCGACAACGGAACCAACUUUGUCGGUGCGCGAAACCAAUUGCAAGAGUUCCUCAAGAUGCUAAAGAAUCGCGAUCACCAUGAUGCAGUGUCUAAGGAAUGUGCGAAAGAAGGAAUUCAAUGGUACUUUAAUCCGCCAAGCGCACCCCAUUUCGGGGGCCUCUGGGAAGCUGCAGUUCGUUCGGCCAAGCAUCACCUGCUAAGGGUAGUAGGUGAAACACCUGUGUCUCCAGAGGAUUUCGUUACAUUGCUGGCUCAGGUGGAAGGAUGUCUGAAUUCCCGACCUUUAACACCAAUGUCUGACGAUCCCAACGAUCUAGAACCACUGACGCCAGCGCAUUUUCUCAUCGGUUCGUCUAUCCAUGCUAUACCAGAACCAGAUCUAGCUACGGUACCAGUGAAUCGACUCAACCACUGGCAACUCAUCCAAUGCAAGCUGCAAGCCUUUUGGACUAGAUGGCGUAGGGAAUACCUCUGUCAGUUGCAAGCGAGGACGAAGCGAUGGAAACCAGCAAGUUCCAUUGAGGUGGGAAGGCUAGUAAUCCUCAGGGAAGACAACCAACCUCCCAUGAAAUGGAAGAUAGGAAGAAUUUGCUAG